CGGAAAGGUUCGAUCUGCGCGUGCGCGAGGGGGCGAGGCUGUCCUGGGUCAGAGUUCCCAGUUGGAGAUCUGCCGCCGCUGCUGCGCCCAAGGGUCAGUAUCUGCCAGGUUGAGAAGCGAAGCUAAGAGUUGGGGCGAUGGCGAAGGUGAAUGCUAGCGGCGACAGCAAGCCUGGAAAGGAGCCGUGGCGGGGUUGCUAUUAUACCCUCGAAGAGAUCCAGAAGCACAAUCACAGCCAAAGCACCUGGAUCAUCCUGCACCACCGUGUGUAUGACCUCACAAAGUUUCUGGAGGAGGCAAGUAUAAGGGGCUGGAAAGGUGGGGCUGCUGAGCUUGCAGGCGAUUUCAGUCCUGUCGAAGAGGCGAUGGGGGCUGGAGUAGUUCUGCACGAUCAUGCACGCUGGCAACUUGCUCUCAGCGAAAAGCUCCUCCUCUGGGUGUUUUGAGACGAGGGAUAGACAGAUAGAUGGGGACCGUUCAGAGAGCAAGGAGGUGCUUCCGUUAAAGUGCUUCCUCGUAGGCGUUUUGUUAUUUUUGCUGUUCGUCGAAGUGACUUUCUGAUCCUGUAGUGCUUUUGAAGAUGAGAAAGUUCAGCUCACAUACAACAUAUUCCAUCUGUAUCGUUUGUUGCAAAGUAAUAUUUUAUUGUAUAACAACACAAUUUUGUAAGAGGCACUAUCAUUGUGGGAUGAGCUAGAUGGAACUGGAAUAGCUUGGAAAAGCAAGGUUGCCAAAUUUAUGGCAAGCUUUGCAAUGAAACUGUUGUAACCAGAUGCUUACAGGCCAUUUCUUGCAAGCAAUAUGACACGGUUCAUCCAUCAGUUGUUCAAGUAUAAAGGGUUGAGUAAUGUCAUCUUUGUACUGAUUAGCUGAUUAGAAACAGCCCACGUUCACUUCACUUUCUCCUUUAUUCAUCAAGGAGCUGAACUAUUGUAUAUUCUAAGAUGCUGUAUUUAGAACUUGUGUAUCUGUACAGUGCUAUUUCUGAAAUCCAUAACGCUCCUGCUCCCCUAAGGUGGGGAGAAUCCAAAUGCAGACAAUGCAUUUGUCCUUCUGUUUCCGGGCUGUUAACAUUUCCCCCCAACUUUUCCUAUAUUUUCCUUCCCACUAGAAAUAAUGGGAGAGAGAAAGUGAGCUACACUCCUGAGCACAUAUAAAUUUUGCACAGAUUUGGGGGAACCCCAGUGGUUUUGGAUCUUUUAGCCAGUAGAACCCUUCAGGGUAUUGUGGGGGCAGAGAGAGGUGGGCACAAGAUCUGCUGUAUCUUGAGCCUGUCUUCCCAUGACGUGACAGCAGUGGGCCCAAUCUGGGCCUCUUCACUACACCAGUCUUGAUAACUGGCACAGCAAGGGGCCCGACAUCCGCUCUGACUGGUGCAACCGCCAGGGCUGCAGAUGUGUCUGCCAUCCCAUUAAGUCCUGCUGCUGCUGCCCAGUGGUUUGCAUUGCCUUCUUAGAAAGAAGUAUGGUUGGAUGACUAGCCAGAAGUUGUCACUUGUGGAAUGUUACCAUAUCACAGGGUGGGUUGUUUCUCCAAAGGAGGAAAAGAUCAUGUUGCAUCAACGUGGGAAUUGAAUUGGAAUCCCUUUGCUAGUGCUGUCUCCACUUUUUCACUUUCCUAGCAUAGUUAUGUUAAGCAAAGGAUUCAUGUUGAGGGCUGCAGUGAAGGAUUGUGUCAAGAGUAUCUGCAGCACUGCAGUCCUGCACAUCUUGGGUGGGUUUUAAAUAGCAAGGAGGUACAGCUAUGUACCUUGGUCCAUUCAUCAAACAUACAGCACCGUUGCAUUGAUAUACACCAGGGGUCACCAACUUUUGGGCCUUCAGAUGUUGCUGAACAGCAGCUCUGAUCAUCCUUGGCUGUUGUCUAGGCUGGUUGGAGCUGCUGGGAAUUGGAGCCCAAUAACAUCUGAAGGGCCACAAGUUAGCCACCCUUGACAGAGACCUGCUUACUAGUUGUAGCUAGGGAAGAUGUUAAGGUUCAUGCCAUACAACUAUUACAGCCCAAAAAAUGACUGCGAGUCAGGGGAUUGGGGAGCUCUUAAGGAAGCUUAGGAUCUUUCAGUUGUCACUGUUGAUUUAAAUUUAAUUCUAUAAAUAACUGAGCUGCUGUGUGUCAUCUGCUGACUGUAUUUCUUGGUACACCCAUGUGCACUGAUAAGAAUAUGGUUUAAACCUUCUAGCAAACUUUUUGCUAAUUUCCGAUCUUGUUCUCUGACAGCAAUAUCUUGGUUUCAAUAUUGCAUGAAAGCCACCGGUGGCUCUUUCGCCUGUGAAAUUGAUUUUAUGUAGCCAUUUAUUUCAUCAGCUUAUUCUGAUUGAAGAUAGUAUGCUAUGAAGACACUUUCUCCUUUUUAGAUAUAUUCUCACAAUACUUACUUCAAUCACAAAAAAGGAAAAAAGUUGUUUCAAGAAUAUUUUUUUUUGCCACAGAUAAACAUAAUUGCAUCCCUCAGACAUUGUGUGCUAAACAUGAGGAAGCUUUUCAGGUUUGGGAAAACUGUAGCAAACUUCCUUUAUAGUCUAAAUUGUUUACAGUAGUAGGUAAACUAUUGGGACCUGUAACAAAAUACUGCAUUGUUUCUUCACAUUCUGACUGGCAUGCUCCUGUUCAGGGUCUCAGCCUGUUCCAGUUCUACCCUUCUCCAGAGCAUUAUAGGCCAAAGGUCCCCAACAUGGCACCCAUGGGCACCAUAGAUGGAUCUGCCAGGGCCCACUGCCCCUUCCAGUUUUUUAAUUGUUAAGAAAAACAAGGGGUUUUGACUUCUCUUUCGUUACAUAAUGUGGGGUUCCUUGUUUGGGGUUGUAUUUUAUGUUUUGGGGUGCAUAGGUAUUUUGUCUUACGGAGGGGAUUCCAAUACCCAUUUUUCUUCAGUGAAAUGCGUAUUUUGUGGUGCCCAUAACAGUUUCUUACAUUUGAAAAUGUGUCCCAAUGCUCAAAAUGUUGGGCUCUUCAAUGCAAGAUCCCCAUUCAUUCCUUCGCACCUGCUGUUAUCAAUUUUAUUUUACAGCUGGCAGUCAACAUUGUGUGUUUACUGACUGAGCUUAUUCUCCAUUUAGCAUUCUUAGUUUUUUUUAACAUAGUUUUUAAAAAUGAAGGGUGAAAACUAUUUGGUGUGCUUCUGCCCCCUAAGCAUGCUGGCACCUCCUUCUUGUUUCUCAUUGGGGCCCUUUUGAGUCCAUUGCUCUCAGUGCUCACCACUGAAAUGUGCUGUGGAAUGAUAGUCUAGUUGGGUAGUUGUCCCAAGGCAUCUGAUAGGCAUGUGAGAGCUCCUGUUUUAGUGGGGGGAAUACUGUUUCAAGUCUCAAAUGUAAAUGAGGACAAACUUGUUUGCUCACCCUUUCACCUACCAGGUUGCAAUACCAGGAACUCUUCUGACCCCUGUGAUCAAUAAGCCAUCAGCACCAAUAAUUACAAAAUGAGCACCCUUUGGCAAGAACCUAAUCUUGACUAUUUAUGUUUCAUAUUUGAGUUGAAACUGACCACAUUUUGUUUUAAUGUCUCUAUACUGACAGAAGGGUUGAAGAGUGAAAGGUUGAAUUUUUGAAGAAGGAAAUCUGGGAGCUGCCCCCACCGCCAUUAAAACUUAUAGUUAAAUAUGUGGAUAAACUUUUUUCUCUAUCAUAACUAAGCACAUAAAAUAAUAGGAGAGCAAGAGUCUUAAAAAAGAAACUAAAAUGGCCAGACCACGCCCCAACCCUUCUCAAAUUAGCUAUAUUUAAAAGGUAGUGAUAUUAACAAAUCUUUUCCAAGGAUGUUCCCUGGUUAGCCUGUUGUGUAACUUCAGUACCAACACUAGGCACCUGCAGAUUUAAUAUUGUUAAUUGGUCACUGAUAACUGGCAGCAUCCAGAACAAGCCUCCCACCUCAUUUUUGGGAAUGAACAGGAUUUAGGGUGUGCUGGGUACAGAUAAUCUGCAUUUAAUAGGUAUUGUCUUAAUCUGCCUUUCUCCCUUCAAUUCUACAUGUAUUGCAGGAACUCAUAGUGCUCUCUUCUGAGUUUGAACUAACUGUAGCACGUGGUUAUGUUCAGGUUCUUUGUGCUUUUUAUGCACUGUGGUCUGAUUUACAUGCAAACUUUGGGGGGGGGUGAUACUGGAUGGGUUGCCCUCCUUUUGAGCAAGGGUUUGGCCUAGAUGGCUGUGAAAGUGUUCCUAGAUCUAGGAUCCCAUAACUCUAUAUAGAGAGUUUGAUGACAUUGUAUCUGUACACUUGCUUAAAAAUAAAUAUUACAUUUUGCCUUUACAGGGUGGGGAAGAUAGGAAGCUGCCUUACACUGAGCAUUAGUCCAUUGAAGUCUUGAUUGUCCUCACUGAGUGGCAGUGAUUUAAUUUGGGAGCUUCUUCGUGCAAAGCAGAUGCUCUACCACUGAGCUUCUGCCAUUCCCCAAUAUCAUUCCGCCAUGGGAUUGGUUUUCUUUUGUUGGAUUUAACUGAUACGCCACUCUCAAACAGUUCCUACAAAAACUGGUUCUCCCAGAAGCUUAUUUGAGGUUCUUCAUUGAGAAAAUAGGCAUUGGAAGACAACUUGCUUCAGAAAGAACAGUUCCAAAUGACUAAUCUUGGUCUGCAUUGUGUAACCGCAGAUGAAUGCUUUGUUUUAGGGUGCAUCUAGUUUGCAUGGGACAGCAACUAUGCAUGGUAAGCAAAGGCUUCAGACCUGUGUAAACUGAGACUGUAUAGAGUUUCCCACGCUAAAGUAGACUUCCAGACUAAUCAAUAUGGAACACAAAGCUUCUUGAUAGUAUGAACUUUGAAAACCAUUGGAGCAAGCAUUUUUAUUUCAGCUUGCAUGCAGAAUUCAUUUUUAAUGAUGACAUCUAACAGAAUGCUUUAGAUCUGUGCAGCUGCAGAGGAAGCCGCUCGGGCGCCUGAGGUGGCGUGCCCAGGGUCGGGGCGAGUCACCCAUAGGGGCAGGGUGCACCGCAGGGCCUCCAGAGUCUGCCUUCCUCCUCCCACUCAGCUGCCCUACAGCUGGGAGCGGGGAGACAGCGGGCGGACCGUGUGGGCAGUGUGGAGUCUCUGUGCGCCCAAGCUCCUAUGGGUGCAUCUCUCCCAGACACAUGGCUCGGUUGCUCUGCAGGCCCCGCGGUGAGUGCUGCCCAUCAUUUUGUCACCCCCCUCAGUGGUGACACCGGGGGUGGGUUGCACCCACCACACACCCCUUCCUCCGCUCCUGGAUCUGUGUGUCCUGGCUUCCAGUUGCUCAAGAACAAAGACAGGAGGAAGAGUUAUUUUGAAAGGCUUUAAUGCUUAGAUUACUGCAAUACAUAUGCAAAUUGCUGCCUUAAGGCACUUCAGGCAAUACACAUUGUUAAUCCUAAAGAGAGCUACAGUGGUACCUCAGGUUACAUACACUUCAGGUUACAUACGCUUCAGGUUACAGACUCCGCUAACCCAGAAAUAUUACCUCGGGUUAAGAACUUCGCUUCAGGAUAAGAACAGAAAUCGUGCUCCGGUGGCGCGGCAGCAGCAGGAGGCCCCAUUGCUAAAGUGGUGCCUCAGGUUAAGAACAGUUUCAGGUUAAGUACGGACCUCCGGAACGAAUUAAGUACUUAACCUGAGGUACCACUGUACAAGAAAGGUAGGUGCUGUUACUGGCAAAGCUUUGUUAGUUGCUCCACCACUGUCACUGUUACACCCCUUUGCUAUCCUGUAUAUAGGAAUGGGGUGGACUCCUCUGAAGGCUGUAAGUGUUUAUGCAGCCUUUAUCCAUGCCUGGUAGGUGGAACCCUUUGUUCCCUUCUCUUUUGAUUGCUCCUUUACUUAGGUGAUGGGGGAGGUGCCUCUGCCUCCUGAGAGGUGGUCAGGACUCCUGAAACAUCCCCCUCUGGGCAGAUAGAGCCACUCCCAGUAUCUGACAGCUCUGGAGUGAGUGCACCACAGAGAGGCUCUGUCAAGCUAGGAAAAGGAGGCAGGGACAGAGAGGGAGGCAGAAUUCACGGCUUGGGGACGGAGAAGACGUGAGAAGAUUGAGGAAGCUGCCAACCCCCCCCCCCAUCCUCACUAGCAGACUCUUCGGCAUCUGGCAGAGGCUUCCACAUCCCGCUGGAGCCUUUUCCUGGGUCCUUGGCCAAUCCUCCACCUGAUUCAGACAGCCCAUUACACUGUAUUUCAGCAACGUAAGAUCUUCAUUUGUGAUGUAAGGAACAUAUUUAUAUUUCACAAAGAAAGUGAACAAGCUGAGACAGGCAGGUUCAACUUGAGCAAAGUUUGAAACUGAAAUUACCCUGAUGUCACACGGCUGGUUGCUACAUUUGAAAGGCAGCUCUCAGUUCAUACUCAAACAACUCUAGAAGUCCGUGCAGGCUGCAGUCAAGACUUGCAAACUGUGCAAGUGCUUCAUGGUUCCUCCUAUUAAUGUGUCUUUUUUAUUUAUUUAAGGUACCCACUUUACUGCUGUCGCACUUUACAAAUUUGGUCUUUGACCUGGGUAUGACUUACAAGACCACUCCCAAUUCUUGUGGGAAGUGUAAACCCAUUGGAUGUACAUUAGCACUCUUGGAUAAACCCAGAAAAUUUUACACAGAAAGCAAAUAAAAAGAAAUUAGGUUGUCAUUAAAGCCUGUGAAAGUCAGCUGGUGUCUAUUAUGCUCAUGGAAAAACUUUUGGGGAACUAUUCUGCUUUUGGGUAACAGGAGCAGGGAACUGUGAUCUCUGCUCUGACAUAUGAACUUGUAGGCUAAAAUCUAACAUUUAAAAACGACUGCUACAGCAGUGUUGUAAAGUAUGAGUGCUGGCUUGCAGACUUUGUUCACCAUCAUUGCAUUUUUUUUUUGCAGUUGUUGCUCUCAUAAAAGGUACUUGUGUAUAUGCAGCCAGGAUUUUAAGAGCUAUGUAUCAGACUUUUCCCUCUCCUCACAAGUUUAAUGCGUUAAAAGGUAGUUUGUAUGUUUUAGGAGAAGAGUAUCUAGUAUGCUUUGAAAAAAGAAAGAGAAGGAAAAACUGUUUGUGUAGUAACAUGACUUUGCCAAAGUCACUCGUUUAUUUGUUACACUUACACCCUUGAUAUUUUAGUUGUAUACUGUGGUACCUUGGUUCUUGACGUUAAUCCAUUCCGCGAGUCUGUUCAACUCCCGAAACCAUUCGAAAACCAAGGUGCAGCUUCCGAUUGGCUGCAGGAGCUUCCUGCACUCAAGCGGAAGCCGCAUCGAAUGUUCAGCUUCCAAAAAACGUUCGCAAACCAGAACACUUACUUCCCAGUUUGCAGUGUUCGGGAGCCUAUUUGUUCGACAACUAAGCUGUUUGAGAACCAAGGUAUCACUGUACUUAAGAUAUUUUACAAUCUUUUAUUUGUGAAUUGUCCCACGUACACAGCUACUUUUUGAAUAAUUUGUAUUAGGCAACCACAAUAAUUAGGAUGGCUAACCUGUGGCCUUCAAAAGGUUGCCUACAACCCCCUUCAUCCCCGAUGAUUGACCAUGCUGGCUGGGCCCAAAGGGAGUUGUAGUCCACAACUGCUGGAGGGCACCAAGUUGGCUACCUGUGCCCUAGAGGCUGCUUCUGCUUGGGUUUAAAAUGUGUAGAAUGGUGGUAUUUUUGAGAACAUGUUAUUCGUGUGUCAAGGGAGUGUCUUUGAGCUGCUAUUUCCUUCAUCUGCUUUUUCCACUGUUGCUUCCAGUGGUGCUAUUGUCUAGUGUGGAAUGAAGUGAACAGAGCUUACAUUUGUGUUAAUUGCUGAAAGAAGCCAUUUAUCAUCCAAACAGAAAUAAGUUUCUUAUCUUUCCAUGUAUAUCUAGUGAAUACUUUGAAUUCCAAGGUGUAGCAGGUAUGUGAAUAUUUUGAAGAGAUAAGAAACCAAAACAUUGUUUCUACACCUGGAAAGAUUUACACGUACAGUGGUACCUCGGGUUAAGUACUUAAUUCGUUCCGGAGGUCCGUUCUUAACCUGAAACUGUUCUUAACCUGAAGCACCACUUUAGCUAAUGGGGCCUCCUGCUGCUGCUGCGCCGCCGGAGCACGAUUUCUGUUGUCAUCCUGAAGCAAAGUUCUUAACCCGAGGUACUAUUUCUGGUUUAGCGGAGUCUGUAACCUGAAGCGUAUGUAACCUGAAGCGUAUGUAACCCGAGGUACCACUGUACAAGAGUCUGGUGGGGUGUUUUUGCUUUUGUUUUGCUUUUACUUCACUGCUUUUUCUCCAUGGGAAAUAUGUAGCUAUUCUGCAGGUUAUCUACAAUAUAUGUAAUCUUUAUCAGUACAAAUCAUCUAAGGAGACACAGGUCUAAACCUUAGUACAGUUCUUUGUACUAAGGAAUGUUGGGGUCUUGGUUUGUGACUUUGAGAUCUUCUCUCAGUUCAGAAGAACAUGGCCACUGGAUCAGGCCUAUGGGCCACAUAUUCAGGCAUUCGGUUCUUACAAUGGCCAGCCAGUAGCAUUUGACAGCACAGUAUAUUUUUACAUCUUUACUUGUGGACUGACCUAAAGAUUACUCAGGUGAAUGCGUCUUGUGCUGUCAAAGGGAAAACUGUUUUAAAUCUGACCAUAUUUCUCCUUUUCAGUAUUUUUAAUAUUGCUCUGUGCCUUACAAUUCAGAACAGGAAGCUUUCUCUCUUCAGUUCCUUCUCCAUUAAAAAAUGGGUAACUUCAUGAAAUGACAUUUCAUGGCAGCUAUUCACCUUUUUUUCAGUAUAGAUGUGCUAAUAGGAGUUUGGGCUCAUCAUCUCUGAAGAGUUGUGUAAGUUACACUUUGUUGUUCAACCUGUUUUCUGGAUUCAGUUUGCUGAAUGCUCUGUAAAUCCCACAGCAAUCAGCUGCAGCGUCGUUCAAGACCUUUGCUCUACUCCUUUGCUUGGAUAGUUAUCAGUACUGAUUCAAGGGCAGGAUUUUGUCAGUCAUAUUUGCACGUUCGCUUUGACUUGCAUAAUCUCUCUCCAGCAUGCACUUCCUUAACCUUUUGGGGAUUGACGGCCACAUGUAAUCUUUGCUCUACACACUUGUGCAACUUUUUGCCCCAUUUUGCUUAGUCACUGUGCAUAAGCACUGUGCACUUUCUUCACCCAAUUAUUUUUUUUAUGCAAAGAAACUUGGAAACUUUUACAAGUUUAUCACUUUUAGGCAACAAAUAAUACCUACGCGUGUGUUUUUAGAAUGUUGCCAGGGCAUCUCUAGACAGGAGUGGUUUCUUUUGAAUGGUUUGAUAUGGGGAAAUUGAGAAAGUUGCCUACAUAUGUGCCUACAUACUUGCCUACAUACUGCCUUGCAUAUGUGCUUUCUUUCCCAUUCCUCUCGAAGUCCUGAAAUGACAAGACUAGGAAAUGUGGUUUUGUUUUGUUAGUGUUUUCAACUUCUCUUUGAUUUAAGAGCUGCAGUGUCGGUUAUGUGUGAAAUUAAUUCUGGAAUAAGAUCUUGGCUAAACAAGUGCUUCAAAAGCCUGACUCGUAUGAAGUGCUCUCAGGGUUAAAAACAUCUUUAUUUUUAUAUAAUGAAUGUUAUAGUACUUAGGUGGAGCAGCAUUUACAGGAUCAUAUAACGUGGAUUAAGAACUUCACUCAUCCCCUUUUAUGCAAUAAGAAUAAGUUAAACACAGGCAGAUUGGACUUCUGCACUGGCAGAGGGCCCACUGCCAGUGGGGGAGGCUGGGUCAAACUUCACCGUGGGAGUGCCAGAGAGAAAGAGAGUGCAUAUUUAUUUAAUGGUGUGUUUUUUAAACCCUGCCUUUUAGGAAAGCUUUCUCCUACACAUGGCUCUUUGUGUGUGUGUGUGUGUGUGUGUGUGUGCGCGCGCACACACACACACACACACACACAAAACAUUCACAACCACAGCACAAUCAAUCAACAACAAUCAUCACUAGGUAAGUUAAUUUUAAGAUAUUUAAAACAUAACAGCCUGAUAAAACCAUAAAAUGACAGAGUAGCACUACAGAAACUGCAGCAUGAUUUUUUAAAUUCCUCAGAUUAUGAAAAUGCAGUUACAAAUCAGUUUUAAUGCCCACAGAAGCACCUGCACACUUGGGGCCUGCCUGUUCCCAACUGGAAUGGAGUUACACAAAUAUGGUGGCUUGCCAGCCUAAUUGGUUUGGUUUUACUGACAAGCAUGCUGCUGGCAGUAGGGCUGUGGAAACUCUUCUUAAAGUGCCAUUAGACUGAUAUGGGCGAAAGUGAGGCUUCAAGGUAGCCAGUCCCAACCUGUGUUUCAAAGGAACAAGACACAUCUUUGGGGGACUUGAUCAGAAGCUGCUGCAAAUAUUGCAGUUGUAAGACAUAAACCAGCCAACAAUUUAAAAUACAUUUUUAUGAAGGACAGUAUAAAGCUGGAUGAUUGAACUUUGUUUUAAUCACAAGCACAAAUAUAUUCUAGUGGUAUUUUCCUUGUGUUUACAAUAUGUUUGUGUCUACAAUAUCUACAAUACUGAUGGUAGUUGCUGGGCAAAAUAGUGUUCUUCUGUGUGCUCAACUUUUCCAAAAAACAAGAACCAUAUGCACACUUGUUAUGCAUCUAAUAUUAGAAUUUAGGGCCAUUCAUUGAUAGUGAUUGGCAGCCAGUUUGGCUUAGAAGUGUACUUUCAGCGGCUCAGGUCAACAUUUUGUGCAUCUAAUGAAGUGGACAAUGCAUGAAGACUCAUGCCAUAAUACAUUUGUUAGUUUUUAAGGUACUACCAGAUUCCUUUUUGAGCAUGCAAUCUGUCGCAGUUCCAUUUGUGAAAUUGACAGCUUUAAGAUGUACUGAUACCUAUUGGGACAGAAAGCUUUAAAAAACUAUUUGUAAAGUUCAUGGAUACUUAUUCAUAUGUUGUUUUCUUACAGCACCCAGGUGGUGAAGAGGUUCUAAGGGAACAAGCGGGAGGAGAUGCUACAGAAAGUUUUGAAGACGUUGGCCAUUCCACAGAUGCCAGAACAUUGUCGGAUACAUUCAUUAUAGGAGAACUUCAUCCAGUAAGUGCACUUUCCAUGUACAGAAUGUGUGCUUUCUUUUACCUGUAUAUUUCUCCAUAUUUUUAAAACCUUAAUGAACAUAUCAAAUUGGAUGCUGCGAUGCAGUGUUCUGUGUCAAGUUGUAACUUUGUAAUUUGAGAUUAAAAAUGUUUGUGCAGUAAAGCAGGUUAUCAGCACCUCCUCCCAUCAGUUGAUGACUUUUUUCAGUGUAUAGUUUAUUAGUGCUUCUCUGCAAGUUCUAAGCUAUUUUUUAGGUUUUAAGUUUUUUGUUUUAAAAUAGUUGGUUCCUGUGUUCAGGAUGGAUUGGGAAAGUGAGAAAUAAAUAACAGUUAAGAAGCAAAAUAAAUAAAUAAGUAAAACAGCAAUAAAUUGGCAGCGGCAGUAGAAGUUUAAAACCAAGCUUGUGAUUUAGAAGAGACUGAUAUGAACACACAUUUGCUGCACUGCAAGACAUUUGAAUCCAGGGCAACAAAUGUAUGCCCUUCAGCAACACUUAAUGUUAUAUCUGAACCAAUUACUCUUUGCUAAGAUCCCACCAAUGCAGUUCCCAUAGCUAACCACGGGACUUAUCCUGAUGGCUAUUAAUUAAAUUCUAGCACUAACUGAAACAGUCUUCAGUUUCCAAAAUUCUCUGCACAUCACAGAACUUCCCAGUGUGUGUGUGUGUGUGUGUGUGUGUAUGCAUAUGCAUGCAUGCACACACAAAGGUGCUGUCUCUUUUGGUUGGGUAAAGGACAAACGCUACCCAAGCCCUCUGACACUUAACAGAGGACCUAGGAAAUGAUCGGGAUCAUUUAUGCGUUUUGUGCAGAGAAUUAGUAGUGUUGCCAAGCUAUUUAUGCCAGGUAUGUCUGCAUGGCACUUCCUGCAUUCUUUCCUUUCAUCAUAUUUAGUAGGAUACACAGCGGUAUAGGGUUUUGAGGUUACGUCUCUAAAUCAAGCCCCUUCAUGCUGUUACCAAACUAAAGUUUAGACUGGUGCGUUUGAUAUUUCUGGAGCUGGUACAUGAAGAAAUUUGCUUCUGUUUAGCAUGUGAUAAACUACUGUAAUGGGUGUUCAAAGUGCACUGAUACUUGCUGUGUUCCAUGCAAAAGUACCUUCAUGACUUUAGUACUGGAAUCAAGAAGCAGUUACAAAGUCCGCUUUUUCAAAAGAGCCAAACGGUUCCUCCUGUUUCAUAACACCCCUGUGUCUAAAAGGCAUUAGAAGCUUUGUAGAAAACUGAUCUUGGCAUCAAAACAUUGCUGCAAGAUUUAUUUUUAAUAAUUUUGUUUCCUUUGCUUUUUUAAAAGUCUUCCACCCACACUUAACUGUUCGGUUAUGCUAAAAGAUCCGUUAUGCUGGAGGACUUGAAAGUAGCUCGUGUGCUACCAGGGAGCAUCUAAUCAAGCUACAGUAAUGUUUAUCUCAUGAGGAGAUAAUGUGGAGCAACUUUUCUGGAGGCAAACUCAAAAUAAGUUUGGUAGAAUAGACUUGGAUAAGGAAGCAUGUUGAAAAUUAUCAGCAAAUACUACAAAGAAGAUAGGUUGCGAAAUGCUUUUAGAAUGUAUGUGUAUCCAUAUAUUCACUAAUCAACAGGGUGAAAUUUACUGUACUAGUUUUACAUGUAUAAAUAACUUUUGGUAUUUGGGGGCAUUCUACAUUGUGUUGCUUAUCACUGUUUUUGUGUUGCAGGAUGACUGGAAAAAAGUUCAGAAACCAACGGUAAGCAUUCCACUUUAAAGCCAUCCCACCAUGUUAAUGUUUGGCAGCAGUGAUCUGUGUUACGUGCAGUGCUGGCAGGGACUUUAACUAAUGUUAAACAUCUGCUGCUCCUUCCUGUAUCAGCUUGGGAAGAACAGCAAGCAGGGUGCUGUUGCUCUUGUGUCCUGCUUGUGGGAUUCCCAGCAGCAUCUACUGUGCCAUAGUGGGAAAUAUGAGACUGGACUUUAUGCGAGGGUGGUCUUAUGUUUAUGGGGAACAGGUCUACAAAAUCUUAAGCAUGCUAAGUGCCCUAGAACCAGCUGAUGUAAGGCUUUACACAGUGUGCACUAAGAAGGUUCUGCAGCCAUUCUCAUAUGAUUGUGCAAAAGGCUAUGCACUAGUAGAAGUCUUUGCACAAGUGGAAGUGGAAGAACAUCUGAUUUCACUCUCCUCAAGCAACAUUCUAGCACAAGGCAUACAGCAAUCCUUCCUUGAACAAGAAGGCACCUUGGGUGGUAUUUAGCUAAAUAAUUCCAGGCUUUCCCUCCUCCAUGCCCCUGCCACCCCCAAUUCUACUUUGAAGGGUUGGGCAAACCCUCAGGGCAGAUUUAGGGGGCAUGUGGGGGAUGGAGAGGGGAAGAACUUUUUUGCUGCACAAGGAUAAACAAUUGUGCUGAUGGAACACCCUCCCCUUAGCAAUGCUUUUAAUACAACCCCUUCUGUGCACAGAAAGGCACAUCUGGUCCAGCUUUUAGUACUGAAAAAGGAGUUUGAGUCAAUAAUUCUUACUUGAAAGCUUUUUCAGAUAUGAAAAUAAUACUGUUCAAUAUUGCAAAGUAUUCUAAUGCUUACCAAUACUGAACAACAGCUGACAUUCUUCAAAAGUAGAGGUCUGACCCAUGAGACUCAAGUCUGUGUUGUGCACACUGAAGGAAAAAAAAAGUAGAUGCCAUCUAACUCAGUAUUGUUCACAUUGAAUGGCAGUGGCUCUCCAGGGAAUGUCCCCUGCCUUGAAACCCUGAGCUAGUCUGACUUGGUACACGGCAGUCUCGUAUCUCACCGUUAUGUCAGCCCCUUUAUUCAGAAUCAUGAGGACUGGAAUCUGAAAUCGUGGAGAAACCCUUCUAGUCAGUUUGGUUAAAAUUGAGUUAGGUAGACCAUAAUUUUGACUGUAUAUAAUAAGGGAGCUUCCUAUGGUCCAUGAAAGGUGAUGAUCCAGAGAAUGCUGAUAUGAUUUACAUCUGAAGAUUUUUCAGCAGUUCUGUUCUGCUGUCAGGUUACUUUGUCAGGCCUUGACAGAUAAGCAGUUCAAAUGUGAGCUGAGUGGAAAGUCUCUCCAAAUCUUUCUGCAUCACAGAAACUGUUAAGAGGAUGCAAGAACUGCCCUCCUGGAUCAGGCUUGAAGAUCCACCAAGUCCAUCAUUUCCCCCCUGAGUGGUGGGCAGUCAAAUACUCAAGAGACUCUAAGAAACUGUGGAUGAUGGUGACGAUUAAUUCCCUCCCAUUUGCACAGACUGUGCUUUCCAUAGGCAUUUCUGUCUCUGAACAUGGAGAUUACAAUUAGCUUAUCUUCCACAAAUGCUGCAAGAAUAACAGAAAGGAUCUAGAAGGCUAAUCAUAUGAAGUUUAAUUGUGGAUAAAUUGUGUGGCAAGAUUUAAGUGAGGGACACACUGAUAUAUUCCCAAGGUUGAAAAGUGUCCUUGUGGGUUGUAAGAUGUUGCAAUGAGCCCAGCCAUUUAUUGUCUAGCUGCUGUAUUUUAGGUGUUGACUUUUAAACCAAAACAUGGUGGUUUUUUUGCAUGGCAACAAGAAGUCAUUUCCAAAAUUCAGGGAAUGUAGCAUAUACUGCCGUAGCAGCAAGUGAGCACAGAGGGCUAAUGAUCAUGAUGAAAGGUUAGAUGUGAAAGGUUACACCAUAUCAGAGGACAUCUGAGGAAACAGUAGGUGAACACAGUAAUUGGCAUGAGUUAGCUUUGUGACAAGAAGGAUGGGCAGGAGAGACCAGUUAAGUCUAACUAAUGUAUUGCUUUGUUUUUCAGGAACCUUACAUUACCACUCUUGAUUCUAAUUCCAGGUAUUGUAUGGCCUUCAUUUAACAAGCCAUUACUGUUUUUCUUUUAAAAAAUGGUAUUCACAGUGCUUUUUUCUAGGAAAAUAUGUGCUGGUACUCACCAUGAAAUUGUUACAGUAGGUGUCACACUUUUUAACAAAACAAAACAAAAAGAGGUGCCCUUGAGUUCCCUCUGGAAAAAAAAGCACCGGGUAUUCAGAUAGGUUGACAUCCAGUGACGUUCACUGCUUGUGAAAAAUAAAUUCACUCACUCAGUGGAAUUCUGGUUUCUCCCCCCCCCGCCCCCCGUUUUCCAUGCACCCGCAAAAUCUGCUUGGAGGUGGUGUCUCCCAACCCUCCUGACAAUCUUUUGAGGAGCAAGGGGGUGAGGAAAGAGAGGCCAUGUUAUGCAAGCGGAGGUUUGCUCGCUCCGUGUUGGCUUUCACCUUUACUAAGUAAUUUUGUUACAUUUUCAUGAUGCUAUUAUUAUUUUUAUUACCCUGCUUUUUUGGCUUAAGAUAAAAACAAGAAUAGCUAAAAACAUAGAAAAAAAUCAUUAGAAAACAUUAAUAUAUACAUUAAAAAUCUGAAGACAAUUGGAAAUGGGGUCAUAUUUGAAGUCUAAUGCUUGCAUGUGUGUAAUUGUUUAUUUAACAGGACUAGGCCACAUUGUGUUUAUUGAAAGAGCACCCUAACUCUGCAUCUGGCACAUAUUUAUUUGUUUAUAUAAAAUGUAUAGCUUGCCUUCUGGUGCCUGCCUCACUGCUUCAAGCCCACUGUCUCUAACAGACUCAUAGAAACUUUCCAGUGCUUGGGUCUUGGGAAUCUUAAGUUGCAUUUGGAAGGCCACAUAUUUUGAAAAUGUUUACAUUAUAUUUGCUUUUUCCACUCUUACUUUAGGAUUACAUUUCCUAACAAAUGUUUUUAAAAAACUUGUGUAAAGUUCAUUUUGGUCUCAGGCUUUUGUCCUAAAGUCGUCAAUCCAGCUAUAUAUUUGCUUGCAUUUCCACCAGUAGUUCAGAAAAAUAUUCCUUUGUCCAGGUCAUGAAUAUGAGGAAACCUGUGGCCUCCAGCUGCCAACAUCCUUGAUAAAUUGACCAUAUUGGCUGGUGCUGAUGGGAGUUAGGAAUCCAGCAACAACUGGAGGGCCACAAAUUCCUCAUCUCUAUCUUAGCUCAAUGUGACUAAAUCUUCAUUAUGGUUUGCCAAAAAUCAUAUACAACCUUUACUUAGUUGGCUUAACUAUAUAAUCCAUUGUAUUUCACUUCAAAGUGUUUAUGAUCUGCUGCUGUCAGAUCUAGGAUAAAGCCUUAACCAAAAGUUCAGUUUUUCUGAAGUCCAUCAUAUAAAAGCUAAUGGAUAUUUGUAUCAAAGUAACUUUAUUCUAUUCUAUUUUAUUUAUUUAUUGAGUUUUUUAAUACAAAAAGAAAGAGCAAAAAACACCGUACAUCCUACCCAAACGAAAACACACAAAAAUACGCUAUUAUUUACACAAACAUAAAUCCUUCCCACCUCCAAUCCCUUCCCACCACCACACCCCUCAACUUCCCUCCACCACACCACGGCCUCCUUAUUGUUUACGUUCAAUAUAAUCAUUGCACUCCUUUAGAUUUUGGAUUUUUAUCUCUUUAUAACAUUCCUAGAUAAUGUUGUUCUUUCCACUUUACUCCUUUAAUCUAAACAUAUCAACAUAUUCUUUAUGGAACAAUAUUUGACCAUGUAUUCUUUAAAGCAUUGCCAUUCUAGUCUUAAGUUUUUGGUUUGUCUGCAUUCUGAUAUAUCAGAAUGUAUCAAAGUAACUUUUUGUUUCUUCUAGCACAUGGUCCAACUGGGUGAUUCCAGCUAUAGCAGCAAUUAUUGUGGCCCUUAUGUACCGUUUCUACAUGAUGGAGUAAUCAGCAUAUUGAGAAGCUAUAAUGGAACAGACUGCUUUGGGAAAGAGAACCAAAAAAUGCAUCUGAAUCUUCACAUCAAGACAGUAUCUGAGAACAACUUUCAAAUUCCAUCCUACUCUUUCCCAGAAAGCCAAAAUAGGUUGCUUCAGCAAUGCACUUUUUAACUCUGCCUUUUACGUAACUGUUUUUAAGUGCUAAAAAUUCAGAGGUCUCUUUUAUAUCAUAAUGUUCAUCAAUUAACUAUCUGAUAUUAUCACAACGUUUCUUAAGAAUAAGACCACUGAUUUUAUCUAUGUUAUCAGUAUGAUACAAGGACACUAAUGUUUAAGGCUUGUCUGGGUUUUCUAUGAGUUGUUUGGACUUCUUUUGCUAAAAAAUUAGCAGAGGUUGUGUCUAUGCAAAUUCCUUCCAUUUUUUUUUGCCUUCAUUUAGAAUUUUCUAAUGCAAGGACCCGCUUUCCAUCAGUUUCAUAGGUAUAAUUUUUAUAUUUUCUCCCCCCCCCAAAAAGUCAUAGUAAGCUUUUGGUAUGGAAAUGAGACUUAAGGCAUAUGUAUAUUUUUUCAAUUUAAAACACCGUAUUUUUCCGUGUAUAAGACAAGUUGUUUUUAUUUUUUAAAAAAAGCUUAAAUAUGGGGGUCGUCUAAUAGACAGAUAAUUCAGAUGUUGGAUGUGCAAUUGUUGACUGCAGCAAGGUCUGCUUGCAAUUGGCUGCUGCGGCAAUUGGGUAUGCAACUGGGGGACAGACGAUUGUUGGCUUUGUUGAUGCGUGCAAUUGGCAGUGGUGGACAGGCGGGUCAGGUCCAAAAAAAACUCAACAACUCUGGGCAAUCUCCCAUUUCCUCUGUUUGGAGUCCCCAAAAAUAGGGGUCGUCUUAUACAUGGGGGCGUGUUAUACGCGGAAAAAUUAUGGUAUUUCCAUGGCUCUAAAGAUUCCACUAGGUAGCAUGGCCAGUUCCAGCCCCACAAUCAGCAGGCCUUCAAACUUGAUUCAAAAUGUUAACAGAACAAUUCAGACCAGUUCUCUUCUCCACCCUGCCCCCCCAAAAAAACUGUGAAAGUGUCUUCUGCUUGCAGAGUGGGAUCUCUGGAUCAAAGCUCCUGUCCUAUGAUGACUUGGUGAUAAAAUAUAUUGGGCUGUGUUAAAUGCUGCUGAUCGGCAACAGAUUUCCACUCACACAAUGGAACUUUCCCCUGAACUGUCCCUUGCAGCCCCCUGUGCACCCUCAAAAUUUGCUCCAUGGGGUUGGCGGACCCUGCAGAGCAAAUUUUAAGGAUUCACAAAAGGGAAAUCCUGUUGUAGGAGUAAAACUCCACGUGCAGCAUUGGAGGCAACCCAUUGCCUGGCCUACCUGAAAUUUUGUAAAAGGAGCAAGAGGGGGGAAAAAUAUCCAGGAAGGAAUUCCACAUAGCUUGUCUGAAGUAAUUAUCCACUCUCUCCUCCCCCCACCUCUCGCUAUUUCGGAGGGGCAAUGCAAAUUGGGGUGGGGAGCCCCGUUGUGCUUGCGGAAGUCCUUGCAUGGGUUUCCACUGGUUAGAUUAGUUAGUUGAAUGUGGGCCCUGUCUUUGAUUUUCCACUGCCUGUGUAAAUUUCUUAAGUCUAAAUGAAAUAGUAGAGCUAUUUUAAUCAGAAUCCACAUAAUUGUGCAACUCUUAAUCAUCUUGCUUAAUUAUCCUUAAUUAACUUGAUACCUGUCUCUGAUUUCUGUGUGAUUUCCAUGUCCUGCGGAAUAUAAGUAAAAACAUAUGUGACUUGCCUGUGCCUGUUUAUUUUGAUGAAAUAAGGGUAGUUUGCAUCAUGUGCCCAUUUUUGUUUCUCUUACCUGCGUGUAUGUCACUUGUUAACAACAUUUGCAUUGGUCACAUGGAAGAUACUCCGGAAUAAAUUAAAAUGUUUACUUUUUUGUUGUUGUUGUCCUUUAUCACCAAGUUGUACCAUCAUCCAGCCUCAAGCUCAGUUGAUAGUAAUGUAGUAGUUGAAUGGGUCAUAAAGAAAUAUGAACUGUAGCUAAAGCAACUGCUUUAUGACUCCAAAAUAAUAUUGAAUUGGCCUAACAAUGCAUAUCUAGAUCUGUACUAACAAAUGUUUUGUGGAAGUGCUUUCUCUACCAAAAUAUAGAAAAUUUCUAUUUAAUAGCGAUCACAGGGGAUUAAUAUUUCUAAGCCGAUCUUAUAGUAGGAACACCAUUCAUAGCCUUGCCGAGUGAAGGCCUUUCUGAGCAUACUCACAGGCAUCUGAACUCUCCCCUUGUGCAAACUAGUGCUUCCACUUUUAAUUUCAACCAUUUCAAGAAAUUAUCCCUGGUAAUAAAUGCUAUUACCGCUUGGCUGGUAUUCAACUCUCAUUUAAAUUAUGGAAUAGGUCUCUUCAUUUCAAUGGGUCUACUCUGAGUAAAGCUUAGUUGAAUACCACCUCGUAUGUUUACAGUCUUUCAUAUUAAUAAUCCAGAAUCUUCCAGCCUACUGUUAUCAUUACAAUUGCUGAUAAUGUUAUGGGAAACAGCCCUUCGUCUGAGAACAUUUUUAAUAUAAAAGCUCAGAGAAUUGUGGGAACACGUAGUUCUUCACUACUGUCAAUGACACACUCAUGUUUCUCCUGUCCCCUUGUGUAAUAACAUACUUUGGCCUUUUAUGUGUACUUGGUGUGCACCCAACCCACUUGCAUUCAUUAAAAGCAUUUCCACCCACUUCUUAUUGCAAAGCUUUAGUAUUGGAUUAUGUCUUUGAAUGCAAUAACCAGUCAAACCUGUUUUCAAUCUCUCUGGUUCCAACAACUUUAUAGUAACAGAGCCAGCGUUUUCUCCUUGUGCUGCAUUAUUUUCCACAGCUGAGAACAGAAAACACAGAACAGGUUUUUUGGAGCAAAUGUACACUUUCAGAAGACAUCUGAAGGCAGCCCUGUACUGGGAAGUUUUUAAUGUUUGAUGUUUUAUUAUAUUUUUAUAUGUAUGGAAGGCACCCAGAGUGGCUGGGGCAACCCAGUCAGAGGGGUGGGGUAUGAUGAUGAUGAUGAUGAUGAUGAUGAUGAUUAUACACUGUAUUUGCAUUGACAGCAAGACCAAACACCUUGAUUUCAGCUGUGUUCACACAUUUAUACUUUGUCUGGUGCAUUCCCACUGGUUAGGGAAGCAGUGUACACACAAUGUUACUCAUAAUCCCUAUCUAUCCUAUAUCUAUUAUUUCUUAUGAAAUACUGUGUUUUCUGCAAAUCACCUUUGAUCAAAACUGAAGGGGAAAAAAAUCUAGCUACUUUUAAAACCAGUAAUGUUUCUGCAUAGUAUUUCUAGGAAGUAACAAUGAGCUAUCCUAUAUUCCUUGAAUACUUCUCAAAUAAAUAGGUUUAUUUUAAAGC